GACCUCUAGCUGACCUCAGAGUGAGCUAUCUUAGCUACCUACAUUCGCUACUGUCGCUUCGCCAUCUAUGUCCCCUUUCCCCCUUGGGACACCGGCCAGGAGCACACCACACAUGAUAGGGUGUCUCCAGUCUUGACUCGCUUCUCCAUGCUUGUUGCUGUUAUCUCCAUCCAGCUUGACUUUACCCUAGUCUCCCACCCAGACGACAAGUGUCGAUUCACGCAUCACGAGCCAGCUUGCGCCAGAUGCUGCUUCGCCUUACACCCAUGCCUGCCCUGUGUACUGCCACCCUUGCCUUUCUCCAGUCUUCGGUCUUAGAACUGGUUAUCUUCUGGCUGUCCUUCUAUCAAGCUACCUAACUAUGGUUAUAUCUGUCCAAAGGUUGGCCCGGGUGGAGUCCGCUGUGUUCCCCGACAGCUACCCUGGCCAUGUCAUUGACCCUUGAACAUUACUCUGGAGCUCUAGCAGUACAAGCUGGUACUCUCUUCCAAUUCCGACCGCAGCUGUUUCUAGAAAUCGGCGUCUCUUACAGUUUCAAGUCCAUACUGCCCUUUACCUUUGUGUAUUACACAGAUGACUCCUACCUUCGCCUCACUAAUCAAUGUGCGAUUUGAGCCUCACCUUGGCCAAUAUCAUCCUGGACUGCACUAGUUGUCCCCCCCCCCUUCACUCUUUUACUUUCUCAAGCAUAUAACCACCUCUCUGGUCCCUUCUAUGGCUUCGAUUGUUAGACCAUUAUCAUAAGAUCAAGUCUCAUGCACCAAACUUCUUCUCUUCCCUUCCAGGACCGCCAUCAAGAUAUUACUUUGGUUGCGGCCUAUACUUGUUCUAUCUUUACAUCAUCUACUUCCCUCCGUAAACUUAUUCACAAGCCCUUGGCCCGUCCUCUUAAACACCCGUGGUUGCUGCCUUCUCGCUGAUUGACUUGUACUAUAUCAGCUUCUUUGCUCAAGUUUCCCCUACCAACGAGACAAGUUUUCAUCAGACACAAUGGGAUCCAACUACUGGAACAACAACAGUUGGUAUGAUGCCUCGUCACCACAGGACCAGGCCUCGUCACCAUCUGGAUACUCCUUCGACUAUUAUCAGUCACAGCCUUUGGUCAGAUAUGGUAGUUCUGGCAGUAACUCCCAGGCUUCCACCAGGGGCCCCGAGUCACCUACAGACGGCAGCUACUACACUCUGCAUGGCUCACCAACUAUGGACGAUGCUGUUUAUCAGCAAAGCCCUAGCUAUCAACAGCAUUAUACCUCUGGUCAGACAAGGGCCGGAGAAUCUUCUGUGCCACGGGGCGAAGCUGGAAAUGACUGGCCAGUCUCUUGCCUUCACCCUGGUUGUACUGCUCGCCCUUUCAAGCGUACUGCCGACCUCAUUCGUCACUACAAGAACACGCAUGCUCCCGAAUCGAGCAAGGAUGUCUAUCUGUGUGACUAUCCUCGAUGCACUCGCUUUCGUGAGCCCUUCCACCGUCGCGAUCACUUCCGAGACCAUCUCCGCGAGUACCACUGUGAAGAUAUCAUGAAGCGCGGCGCCACUGUUAACGAAGAGUGGCUCGAAGGUCGCUACACUCCUUCUACUUGGUGGCGCUGCCCCCGAUGCCUUGUCAGAGUCAACAUCUCAAAGCACGGCUACGAAUGCCCCGGGUGUAAGACAUCGUGCGAGUCUAAGCGCAAAGAGAAGCGCCGCAGUCGAUCUUGAGGUGUGUGGGCAGAGAUACGGCCUUGCCCAUACAAUCAGCCAACCACGACGCACCAAGCAUCGCAUUGGAUGGCUUGAAACUACACUUCUGUUUCACUCUGGGCUUCUUCUAUCAGCAAGCUUACACAGACAAACCAGUGGCAUAGUACUGAUCGCCAGCUCUGCAUUAUUGCUUUGGCCAGCUCACCGACACUCAGCACCAUCUCGCCAUUAGCCUAGCUGAGCAGCCAGCAGCUCUUGUAUACAUAUUGUUACAUCAAGGACAACAAAACAACCUACGCAAGGCAUCUUUUUUCUUUUUGUGCAUAGACAUGCAGCGAGGAAACCAUUUUCUGCAACCGUCUUCGAAGCCAGGCUUUCUCAGCCUUGGCCUUUUCCCUUCCUCAUUCCUGGCAUCCACACUCACACUCUCUAAGACAUCCUCAAGAUCAGCAAAAACGCCUAUGCGUUGCAGAUCUUAUCCCCACUGGGGGGUUGCAUCACGCUGAGGCUGACUUGAGAGAAUUGUUCUAGAAGCGGGGCUGUUUGCGGGGAUUAUUUCAGCGUGGCUGUGUGUGUCAUGCACGAUGCUUCUGUCAUGCUUCCAUUCCUUCUUUCGAGUUUCCCUUCUUGGCUAAGACUUCUGGGGUCUUACUGGGGCCUAAGACUCUACUGAAGGCACCGAGAUAAGACGUCUUGGUUAUUGGGGGGGGAUGAUGAUCACGCAGUGACGUUUAUGAUGAUAUAUGAGGUCGAUCCUAUUUCUUAGAGGCUGGUGUUCUUUACAUAGACGGUGGGGAUUUUGUUCGUUCUACACAGUUUUGGUUUCUGGCGCAUUUAGAGGAUUUCUUUUUCUGUAUACACCCUUGUUGUAUUUUACAUGUACAUAUGAUCCCAUGAUACCUACAGUGUCCUACCUCGGAAAUGUUAG